AUGUCGGGAGAAUAUGGUGGGUGCGAUAACGUUUCCCGAGUUCAGAAAUUUUUUCUCGGGUCACUUUUGCGGUAUGAGGCUUGGCGUUAUCCUGCAAGAAUAUCACUUUCCUCUGAUCGAUCAAAGAAGGCUGUUUCUGGAUGUGUGCUGCUUGUACUCGUUGAAGCUGCUCACAAUACAAGUAAGUUAGCAGUGAUGGUUUGACCCCUUUCCAAUAACUCAUAAUGGACAAUUCCAGUUGCUGUCCACCAAACACACAACAAAACCUCGUUUGGGUGCAAGAAAGCCUUGGGCUUGUCUGUUACCGAAUCAGUAGGCGACAACCAAUGAUACGAACGCUUAGAAUUCGAAUACAAGAUCCAUUUCUCGUCGCAGGUUAAUAACCGAUUAAGAAAUGGUUCAUUAGCGUGGCGUGAAAUGUUUGCUGAACAAAUAGUAAGACCACUUAAUUCCUGAUGAAGAUGCAAACGAAUAGUUUCAGGUCUCACUCUGAACAUUUCUGCAACUUCUUGGCACGUUGUCCUGGAAUUUGCGUCCACAACCUGUCGUAGAUCCUCAUUGUUCAUGAUUUUUGGUCUCCCUGAGCGCG